CGGGAAAUAUUUCCAGCAGGAGGAGAAGGAGGGCUGAAGCUGACACCGCGAAGGGGGGACGGCGGGUUUCUCCCUGCCCGCGUAGCUCCGCGGGGGGAUGCGGAGGGAGGGGAGGCUGCCUGCGGGGCGGGCCGGCUGAGCGCAUCCCCGGGCGCUGCGUGUGUGUGUGUGUGAGUGUGUGUGUGUGUGUGCGCGCGUGUGUGUGUGCGCGCUCCCUCCAUCCAUCCCUCCCUUCCUCCCUCUUUUCUCCCUCCCUCCCUCCCUCUCUCUCUCCCUCCCGCCCGCCGCCGCGCCGCAGCCGAGCACCGGGGCUCCGCCACCCGCCCCACGACCCGCCGUGAUGCCCCUUCGCUGCUGAGCCGGCCCCGGCGGCGCCCGCUCCUGCCCCCCGCCAGGUUGAGGACAUUUGGAGCUCGCUCGGUGGAAGCGGCCAUGUCACGAGCAACUCACCCACCUACCUUCCCAGUGAGCUUCCAACUCCUGAGCGUUGUGCUGGUGUUGCUCUUCCAUGCAGAUGGCAUACAUGCAGAAAGCCCCAGCGAAUUGCCGGUGAAUGAUACCGAGGAGUGCACUGGCUCAUACAUCUGCAAAAAGGGUGUGAUUUUACCAAUAUGGGAACCCCAAGACCCCUCAUUCGGUGACAAAAUUGCUCGGGCAACCGUGUAUUUUGUAGCAAUGGUGUACAUGUUCCUGGGAGUAUCUAUCAUAGCUGACCGCUUCAUGUCCUCCAUCGAAGUCAUCACAUCCCAAGAGCGGGAAAUAACCAUCAAGAAGCCCAAUGGUGAGACCAGCAAAACCACGGUGAGGAUCUGGAAUGAGACCGUUUCUAACCUCACACUGAUGGCCUUGGGCUCAUCUGCCCCUGAGAUCCUCCUGUCUGUUAUCGAAGUGUGUGGCCAUGGUUUCACGGCGGGGGACUUGGGGCCAAGCACAAUUGUGGGGAGUGCUGCGUUUAACAUGUUUGUCAUCAUUGCGAUCUGUGUUUACGUUGUUCCAGAUGGAGAGAUAAGGAAGAUCAAGCACCUGAGAGUGUUUUUUGUUACAGCCGCAUGGAGCAUCUUUGCCUACACUUGGCUUUACAUUAUUUUAUCUGUGUCUUCUCCUGGGAUUGUGGAGGUUUGGGAAGGCUUGCUCACCUUCUUCUUCUUCCCCAUCUGUGUGGUGUUUGCCUGGAUAGCUGACAGGAGGCUUUUAUUUUACAAGUACGUCUACAAGAAAUAUCGAGCUGGCAAGCAGAGAGGCAUGAUCAUUGAGCACGAGGGUGACCGGCCCUCCUCCAAGGCUGAUAUUGAGAUGGAUGGAAAGGUUGCUAAUUCUCAUGUGGAGAACUUUUUGGAUGGAACACUGGUGUUAGAGGUGGAUGAGAAAGACCAGGACGAUGAGGAAGCCAGGAGGGAAAUGGCUCGGAUCCUGAAGGAGCUGAAACAAAAGCAUCCCGACAAGGAAAUUGAACAGCUUAUAGAGCUGGCCAACUACCAGGUCCUGAGCCAGCAGCAGAAGAGCAGGGCCUUUUACCGCAUUCAGGCUACUCGGCUCAUGACAGGAGCUGGCAACAUCUUGAAGAGACAUGCUGCAGACCAGGCCCGCAAAGCUGUCAGCAUGCAUGAGGUCAACAGUGAUGUGGCAGAAAAUGAUCCCAUCAGUAAGCUCUACUUUGAGCAGGGUACCUACCAGUGUCUGGAAAACUGUGGCACUGUCGCCCUGACCAUCAUUCGCCGUGGAGGAGACUUGACCAACACGGUAUAUGUUGACUUCCGGACAGAGGAUGGGACAGCCAAUGCUGGCUCUGACUAUGAGUUCACUGAAGGGACAGUGGUCUUCAAGCCUGGAGAAACCCAGAAGGAAAUCCGUGUUGGCAUAAUCGAUGAUGACAUAUUUGAGGAGGAUGAGAAUUUCCUGGUCCAUCUCAGCAAUGUCCGCGUGAGCACUGAGGCCUCAGAUGAGGGCAUUCUUGAAGCCAGUCGUGUCUCAACACUUGCCUGCCUGGGAUCACCAUCUACUGCCACUGUCACCAUCUUUGACGAUGACCACGCUGGCAUCUUCACCUUUGAGGAACCCGUAACACAUGUCAGUGAAAGUGUAGGGACCAUGGAAGUGAAAGUGUUGAGAACCUCUGGUGCACGAGGAAAUGUUAUUGUGCCCUACAAAACCAUUGAAGGCUCAGCCAAAGGUGGAGGAGAGGACUUUGAAGACACCUGCGGGGAGCUGGAGUUCCAGAAUGAUGAGAUAGUCAAAACGAUAUCAAUCAAGGUGAUAGAUGAUGAGGAGUAUGAGAAAAACAAGACCUUCUACCUAGAGAUUGGGGAGCCCCGACUGGUGGAGAUGAGUGAGAAGAAAGCCCUGUUGUUGAAUGAGCUUGGUGACUUCACCAUCACAGGGAAACUCUGGAAGGGCAAACCUCUCUUCAGGAAGGUCCAGGCUAGAGAUCAUCCUCUUCCUCGCACGAUGGUCACCAUCCAAGAAGACAACGAAGAAAAGCAGCCAUUGACCAGCAAGGAGGAGGAAGAGCGUCGAAUUGCAGAGAUGGGGCGCCCAGUCCUGGGGGAGCACACUAAGCUUGAAAUCAUCAUUGAGGAAUCCUAUGAGUUCAAGAAUACAGUGGACAAGCUCAUUAAGAAGACAAACCUGGCCCUGGUGGUUGGCACAAACAGCUGGAGGGAGCAGUUUAUCGAGGCUAUUACUGUCAGCGCAGGGGAAGAUGACGAUGACGAUGAAUGUGGGGAGGAGAAGCUGCCCUCCUGCUUCGACUAUGUGAUGCACUUUCUGACUGUCUUCUGGAAGGUCCUCUUUGCCUUCGUGCCCCCAACAGACUACUGGAAUGGCUGGGCUUGCUUUGUUGUCUCCAUCCUCAUGAUCGGCCUCCUGACAGCUUUCAUUGGUGACCUGGCCUCCCAUUUUGGCUGCACCAUUGGCUUGAAGGACUCAGUUACUGCAGUCGUGUUUGUUGCACUGGGGACAUCAGUGCCAGACACAUUUGCCAGCAAAGUAGCAGCGACGCAGGACCAGUACGCAGAUGCCUCCAUUGGGAACGUCACCGGGAGCAAUGCUGUGAACGUUUUCCUGGGCAUUGGGGUAGCCUGGUCCAUCGCAGCUAUCUACCACGCGGCGCACGGACAAGCCUUCCAAGUCUCACCUGGCACUCUGGCCUUCUCCGUCACCCUCUUCACCAUUUUUGCUUUUAUCAGUGUGGGUGUGCUGCUCUACCGGCGGAGACCGGAGAUUGGAGGUGAGCUGGGCGGGCCGCGGACUUCCAAGCUGCUCACAUCCUCACUCUUUAUUCUCCUCUGGCUCUUGUACAUAUUCUUCUCAUCUCUGGAAGCCUACUGCCACAUAAAGGGCUUCUAAAGGGACAAUCAGAGAUAGUAAAUAUAUAUAUAUCUAUAUGUAUCUAUAUAGAGUGAUAUAUAGGUAUAGAUAUAGAUAUAACGCUGUGUAUAAUGAACAGAAAAAAGAAUAAAAGAGAUUUGCCAUGUUCACACACCUGCUGACGGAAAGCGGCUUUGGAGCAUCCUUUGAACUAGGAGGCAGGACCCCAAAGCCAGCAGGACCCCUCCCCAGGCAGCAGCCCUGGCAGGAGCUCCACAGCAGGCCCCUUUCUGCAACUCUACUGACAAGAGCGGCUGAUUGAUAGCCAUCAAGCCCUUCCCCAUCGCUCCUUCCCACCCACCGGCCCCCCCAGGAGGAUGGAUGCAGAGGCGACCAGGGAGCAUCCAUACAGGGAAGGGCCAGAGUAGCUGGUGAGAAGCAGAGCAGUGGGCAAGGGAAGGAGAGGAAAGCGAGGGUCCUCGUCUCCGACCACCGUCCGCCUGCCUUCGCCACUUGGGACUGUUCCCUCUGGCCCUGUUGGAGAGAAGCGAGAGACCGGACUGAAAACAAGGGGAAAUUGGGAGCUUUCUAAAGGAUAGAACACAAACCGUUUUCGUCAUUGAUUUGGGGUUGGUUUUUGUUUUGUUUUGUUUUGGCGUGUGUACAACUAGCAUUUCCCUCCCCCGACAUGCCUCUCCCUUUCCUCUUCCACACUUCGGGGAUGCGCAGCUGCAGCCUCGUGUCCAGUGUCCUAAGCCAAGGCUGUGCAGAGUGGCGAGGGCUUUCCUCCCGCCUCAGCCACCUCCUCGGGCAUGCUGUCGUGGUACUUGUAACAUUUGCAUGAAUGAAAUGAACCCUACCUGUAUAUAGCAUUCUAUAGCGAUAGUCCUUCCAGCCGUGUGGGUUGAUCAUUGCAGAUACAAGUGUUUUCUUUUCACUGCAAUUUUAUUUAUUUUGGUUAGUUUAGUUUUGCCAUAGGGUUUUUGUAAGUUUGCUUGUUUCCUCUUAGUGGGGGUAAAAGGAGGAAAAUAUGUCCCUGUUUAUUGCUCUGCACGUGGGUCCACGAGAAGCAAUAACAGCCACAUAGAUGUAGAUUUUCAGGGGAGGAAAACCCACAUCCCAGAAACUGCAGGCUCGUCCUCCCAUGUGGACGGGGUCCCCAUCACAGUGGCCAGUCCAUGACAUGCUGAAGUUGGUGUGAAGCCUCCAGCAUCCGCAGGUUUCACACAAGGUCUCAGGGAGCCCAAGGUGGAUGAGCACAGCACCUCGCCUGCCUCUGCCUCUGUAGCCUGUGGCUGCCUCAAAACCCCCUUGGCUCCCUGCUGUUCCCUGUGUCCCCAAGGUCUAGUGACAGCUUCUGCUUCUGAGCGCUAAGCCAUCAGGAUCAGUCCACAAAGCUGGUCCUUUCCCACAGCCAUUUGGAGGUAGAAUAAUUCAGCAUAAGGGCUGAAGGGCCAUAAGAAGAUCUCCCACAUUGCUGAGCGUAACUGGGAAACAUCCCCCAAGGAAAAAGGCCACAUUUUGCCCUGUCCAAAUCUGAAAUUGAGGGAAAGGAUGAGUGAGACAGUGAGGUGUAACUCAGCAUCACCUCCCAACACCCACUGAGUGUGGAUGCAGAGCUCCCCGGGGUGCAGCACAGGGGUGACAUUGUGCACUUGAAGCUGAGAGAUGUCCUUAUGCCCUUUGUCCCAGCCAGGCACAUGCCCAGCCUGCACAUCCACUGACAAGCUCUUCCAACUCAGCUGAAAACCACAUCUGAUGCUUGUACCAUAUCCAAUUGGCUGGGGGUAUUUGUACUCAUUUGAACAAUCUGUGGAAUUUUUAAUUAAUCUGUUUUAAGAUUUUCUCUCAGAGUAUGAAGUUGUGGCAUUUUUUUUUUUUUUCCUUCUCAAGCAUUUUUUUCAUUUUGGAUGUGUUUUGGGGUCUCCUUGUUUUGGGGAAAGAAUCAAACACAGGUGCAGGUUGUUCAGGUUUAUGAUUAUCUUUAUGUACAAUUAUUUCAUUUUCAUCUGUUUGGCUUCAUUGAUUUUUCUUUGUGUGUAUUGCCCACCACUAUAGUCAGUGAGUCCACUAAUUGUGAUGAUCCUUAUCAAUGGUACACAAUGCACAGACAAAUAAAGUUUGUAAUGAUUCCUGAUGGAACCAGUAGUGCUCCUGCAUAUUCUCUAUGGAAAACCCUUCCCUACCCUCCUGUUGUCUCUCUUUACGUUGUAUCCAUCUCUCCUUUACUCAUUGUUUUGCCUUCUCUGUGUUUCUGCCACUGAUGGGGGGCAAUGGUGUCUCCACAUGCCCGCUUUGCCCCAUCUCACGGCUUUCUUCCUGCUCCAUCUCCAUCAUGUGUGGGCUCAGUGUGCUGCAGUACAGCUGGGGCUGGCAGCCUACCCAGCUCUCACGGGGAUGCAGGAAACCCCCCAGGGACAAAGCUGCAGUGCAAACCUUCUGGGGCCAGGAUAUGCUCCUGUACUGGGCCCACCAUCAGUGCUAGCUUGCCCUAGGCUCGGGGACAGCUGUGCAUAGGCCCCCAAGGUACUUAGAACUCUUUGUGCUUACGUCCUCUAGUUAUAUGGAACUGUUUCUGCUCUUGUUCCAGCCUCACAGAAUCAGAAUAGUUUGGGUUGGAAGGGACCUUCAAAGGUCAUCUAGUCCAACCCCCUGCAAUGAGCAGGGACAUCUCCAACCAGAUCAGGUUGCUCAGAACCCUGUCCAGCCUGGCCUUGAAUGUCUCCAAGAAUGGGGCAUCUACCACAUCUCUGGGUAACCUGUUCCAGUGUUUCACCACUCUCACUGUAAACAGUUUCUUCCUCAUGUCUGGCCUGAAUCUCCCCUCCUUUAGUUCAAAACCAUUAGCCCUUGUCCUAUCUCAACAGGCCCUGCUAAUAAGUUUGUCUCCAUCUUUCUUACAGGACCCUUUUGAGUAUGGAAAGGUGACUUGCGCUAGGUUAAGCCACUAGCUAACGAUAAGUGGGAAUGCAAGAGAUGCAUUGCUGGGGCAGAGUCCAUGAGUGCCAAAGCAGAUCUGAGACACCCCACAAGUUUGCUGAGCAAACUCAGAGCUCGGGCUGCUCUGGGUGCCAUGGUGCAUUUCUGAUCCAUGUGGCUCAGACAGCAUUGAGGAGGAUAAGAGUCUCUACAUACCCAGGAAUGUUGCUCCUCCUUGUGUUUCAUCCAGCAUCUGUUGAGCUGUCCCCAAAUAAACCCUCCCCACUGCGCUUCCAAGGUCCUGCUCUGACAGCUGAACUCAAACACCAGAUCCAGAGAUGAGUCCCAGGCAAACGCUGCCUUUGUUUGGCAGGGUCUGCCUGCUACUCCCGGUGAGGCACUGCCAGGGUCCUGCUGGUGCUCCUGCCUGUCUGAUGUGCAGAGUCACAGCCCAUCAGGCUGGCAGCAGCAGUAGCGGCUGGCCUUUGAACUCCAGGCUAGAAACAUGCCACCAAGCAAAGAGAGAGAGCAUAGGAGGUCAUUGAUUUUGCAGCAUGACUGCGUCUGCAGAGCCCCAGAGGCAGUGGAAUUCCUGUCUGCUGAGGUAAGGGAUGUGUGGCAGAGCAGGUAACUCACACAUCCCAGCAGCCAGAGGAUUUAACAUGAUCUCUGGGCUGCUCUCAUACAAACUGGUCCUUCCCCACACCCUACGCUGCUUUUUGUUAUCUGUGCCGCUGGUCUCACUCUCCCUGUGGGUGCUCAGCACCCUCCAGGAUGGGUGCAGGUCAAGCUUCAAUGUCCAUCAUGCUCCAGACAAUGGCAGCUGGUCAUGCCUGUGUGCUUUUCCCACGCAGUGAAUUAAGAAAGCGAAACAGCUCUCCUGACCCAGUAAUUACAUCUACUGAAAGGUGAUGUUGUUAUUUCAUUCUCAUAAUUUGCUUCUUCAGAAUGAAUUGCAGUCACUGAAGUCAUUAACAAGCUGGACAAGAUGUGUGUAGCAGCUCAGUUUAACAGGCAAUAAAUAACGGUUCUGCUCACAGAAAUUUCCAAAGGGAAUGAUGGAGCAUUGUUUGUGGAGGACAAGGCCUAAACCACAUAGUAAACACCAGCCUUGUUUAUGCAAUUAUUCUCGGCUAGCUGCCUGCUUUUUGGCAUCUUUAAUGAGCUUAUGCAAAGCAUGAUGUUGUAUUUGCCCAGCUGCUUAUGGAGGAGCCAUGGAUGAGCAGCAAGCCUUUUACCUGGUUGCUGCCUGGUUAUGCCAAGGAGGGGAAGGACCGCUCUACUAAGCCCCAGCCACCUGUCUGUGUUCCCAAGGGUGUCAUGCCUGCUCUUCUGCAACAACAACUUUAAACCAAACCCUCAAAGGCAAAAGCAAAUUGUGUGCUGCCAGGAGGGAGGACCGGCCCCAGUGUGGGCACAUCUUGCCCUCGCACCCAUGGAUUCCCCCGUCUGGUGCCAGUGCUGUCCUAUCUUCUCUUCCUCCCCAGCCUCACUCACAAGGGAAGGGCAUCAAGCAUCUCUGAUAAAGCCCUGGACUUAAGGAAGUUUCCAGAAACACCACUUCAAAGCCUUGGCCUCCAUCUAUCCACCUGCCCUGGCUACUCUCACCUCCUGUCAUCACCCCACUAGCCAAAGGCAAAUCUUUCCAUAGAAAAGGAUGAAGCACGGUGCAAAGGAUGUUCAGAGAUGGACAUCCAAAUAACUCAAAAGGCCACUGCAAGGCACUUGGGGACAAAUGAAGGAGUGCAUGGAGCAGGGACAGGCCUGACCAUCUUAGCAAAACCCUGUCUCCAGCUCUUCAGACGCCAAUGGGAAGGGAAGAAAAUGCCAGCCACAACCUGAACAUGUGGAAAAGGUGCAAAGGAGCCAAGGACUCUGCAGGUCCCUGGUGCCAGCGGGAGCCACAAACCUGCAGCAUCUCAUGGCUGAGCCUGCCUGAACUCGCUCCAGAGAUGCAAACUGGUUGUCUCCAAACAACACGCCCACUCUCGUGUCACCCGUUCCCAGGCAGCCUGUGGUGGCUCUGGGUUGAAGGGAGACUGCAAGAGUAAUUUGUACAUCUUCUUCCCCACUUUCAUCUCUUGGUUAAAGGACAAAAGGGAAAAGGGAGGCUUUGAGCCCAUUCUGGUCACGAGUCUGAAUGUAGUUUAUAAACUCACCAUGUAAUUUCUGCUAUGGGCAACGAGGGGAGAACCAGAGCCUGUGUGUUAUUGUUACAGCUAUUUUUAAAUGCUUGGGUAAGAAUCAAGUGCAACGGUACUGGGGGCCAUGUACAUACCUAAGGAGAAGGUUCAGCUGCAUUCCUGGCGGGGCAAAGCUGGGCAUAGCCAGAAAGUGACAGAGAAAAAGAAAAAAGGGAAAACUUAAUGCCACAGGGUGUUAUUCUGGGAGAAACCCCUGCAUUGUUUUUCAAUAGGCUUUGUCAUUCUGAACAAUCUGGGGAAGCGUGUUUGCAGUGCACCAGGAACCUUUCUGGCCUCUCUGAGCAUGUGAUGACCAACCAUACACACGCAUACAAGUGCACAGCUGCAGAAAAGCCUGUUUAUCUUGUAAAAAAAAAACCCUGACUUGUGCAGGAAAGUAUCCAGAGGCAUCUGUAUUCUUGCAAAAAGCACCAAGGGACAAUAAAUACAAUGACAUUCCUCGCCUUUUAAGGACUUAAGCUUUCCUCCUUUUGGAACUGGAGGUGCUGAGAGCCUCUUGCCAGCCAGCAACACCCUUCACACAUAGGGAAGGGACGCUGUGAAGGAAAGGGGCCUAUCAGGUCAAGCAGGAGCUGUUGGCAGCAAAGACAGCCAGAAGAUUGCUGUUAGCAGCAGGAUUUGCUGUCUACGGUAUGUCCCUGAGAGCAUCCAAGGGGUCUCCGCAGGGUCUUGCUCUCUCUCUGGAGCAUCCCAAGAAUGGCCAGCCCUGAACCUGAGCACUCAGUGCCCCAGGGUGGCUCAUCACUCUCUCCUUCAGGCCCUGUAGCCUCCCUUGGCUCCUUCCCACCCUCCCAAGGUGAACACCAGCUUGGGGCUCCCCACCCCAGAAGUGUGAAAGAGGGCACUGGGAUGCACGUCCUUUCCAGAGUGGGUGCUGUGGACCACUGCUGGGAGGCAGAGCUGGGUGCUGCUGGUGGGAUGUCCAGCAUCACAAGAGAAGAGAGAAGUGCUGUCAAGUCCCACCUAGGCCUGGAAGCCCUCUUUUAGGCACAGCAUGUCCCCCUGACCCAAUUGUCAUGACUGUGGACAUGCAUCUUGAUUUUUGCAGAGCCUCCAGCUUUUUUGGCUGUCUGUGGGCAGCAGCCCCAGGCACUAUUUUUAUCUAUUUAAUUCAAAAUAGCCCUUGCUCUGUUGUAGUGCACUAUGACAGCACUCCAUCCCUCCCAGCACAGCUCCACCCCCAACAGCGUGCAGGUCUAGGUAGUGGUGGGAAGCAAUGCAUCAGGAGUGUGUGCUACCUGAUGGUGGAGUCCUCCAGCACCCACCUUGAGCCACCUCAAGGCCUUGGAACGUUCAUCUGCACUCAGUGAUUACCCAGCUUGGGGCCUGAACUGUGCUUGUCCCCCCUGUGGAGCCUCUUCGCAUGCCCUUGUCCUUCAGCAUCCCUGCAGAGGAGCCUUCUCUGUCUCUCUUGCCCCACAACUGGGCGCUUGCUAUGUGGGACAAGUCUCCUCUCUCACUGGACUAAACAGCUUGUUAGCUCAGGCUUGCUGUCUGUAUCUCAGGGCAAAGACUUACCACUCCAAAAGAUGUCCUGGACUUAAACCCCUGCAAGCAAAGGACCAUGCAAGUUUCCACGCAGCAAACGUCAGUAUGCUGAACCCUUCCUGCUCAUCACCAGGCACCAUUGCAGCCACGUUCCAUUGUACUGCUGUCCUUCACUCAUGAGGUUUUUGAAGAUUAAACAUUUCUGCUGAAUUUCCACCAUUAUCAAGUCCAACAGAUGCUACAACUCCACCACCCCUCCACCCCAACCCUGUCUCUACAGUUCCAGAGCAUACUAAAUGUUUUAAGUGGGGAUUCAAGGUUCACCUCAGCUCCUUUAUUUCAAAAUGGAGCCUGUUCCUGGUGCUCUAAACAUUCUAAAACUUAUCUACUUGCCUACAAAACUUUCCUGCCCCUGCUUAAGAUGUGGAGAGUUUAAGUCAAGCAAGUUGCGAUUGCUUGGGAUGCUUACCCUCGAGCUCCUAAAACCCUUGCAGGACAUGAAGGACUGCUACCAGGCUCUGUCCCUGCAGCUCUUGACAUCUCUGUUGAGGCUGGAUUUAUUUCUUCUCCUUUAUUUCUAACUCAGAGUAGUCCCAGAUAGAUGAGGCAGGGUGAGAUCUGCAUGUUUUCUUGAGGAAAAUGGCCAUGGCAGUCCACGGCACUGUCAUCACCAGAAGCGUGUGUCCCUCCGCCCCAGCCCACAGCUCCUGGCAGGCUCCUUGCUUACAGAAAUGUGACUUUCUGGCAGAUGAGCUUCUUUGCAGAGAUGCUUAGAAACACAGAGGGUUGCUGAGUGACUGUAAAACUGCUAUACUACCACAGGAUAGAUUUGAUCCUGCUGGUAUAAAUGUGUCCCAGCUUGCUGUUGGGCUUAUUUGGGAGCUACAAUGAAAGCUUUUGCAAACUAGUGGCUUUGUGACUCCUGGGAAUGCAGGUGCACAACGAGAUUCCUCCUUGUUUGGUGUAAACCUGAGAUGGCUUCCAUACCCCUUGCUUUCAGCCAUAGCCCUGUGCAUUGCUCUGCUCUUGCAAUAAGAGCUGUGAUUAGCUGUCCCUUGGUUGAGCUCCCCCUGUACAGAUGAAAAUAAACCGAUGCCUGUUGUGUCUUCAUUUGUUUGCCCCAUGUUGCUUCCUUCAUCUUCCAAGCUCUUCAGAAAAUGUGCUCACACAGUGAGCCAUGCAGGAGACCUGCUUGUCUGGCUCUUAAUCAGGAAACAUGCACCGCUUCUAGUAGCUCUAGAGUGCAAAAGAUUGCAAUAAUACCUUUUACAUUAUAGUCACUAUGUUAGCAAGAAAUAAAAUGUUCCUUAUUUUUUCCCCUGAUGACAACUUAGCUUCUGACAACACUUGUCCAGCUUCUUUUUUCCAUAAUGCAUUAAGCAUUAGGAGGCACAGCUCUGCAAAUAACACAGCUUUCAAGACUACCCGUUGAGGACAUUUGCAAUCCAGAAAAAUGGUUUUAUUUGUGGAUAGAGGGAACAACUUGGUGAAUUCUUCUAAGCUUCUGAGCUCUUGCUGGAAGAAACACAUACAUGCUGGUAAAAGCCACAAAAUGCUGAGUUUGGUACAACGCAACCUUCUGUACCUUGGGUCUCUGUGCCAAAGAGACACGGCAUGAGGUUGUAAAAGCAAAACCAUGACUUCUUGAAGACCACUCGGCAGUGAUGGGCAACUUCACACCUACCACUGUCCCUAGGAUAUGGCAUUUAUGAGGUGUGAACAUCACUGUUAGUUAAGCAAGAAGAACACAGAGGACACCAUGUACUAUCUUCCCCAGCCCCAACAAACAAGCCCACCGGAUAUUCCCAGUGGCCACACUGCCAGGGAGCAAAGCUGUUGUUGGGAAAGCUCACAUGUCUUAAAGGCAGCAGGUUUGCUGUAGGACACUCUCCGUGCUGCUCCCUGCAUUGCUGCCACAGGCGGCAGAGCCACUCGUCGCUCAGCAUCCUGCAGGCAGAGACAAAGGGGAGGCCUGGGCUGCCCAUGCUUGUGCAUGUGAGCAUCAGGCUUGACUUUAGCCAGAGAGGCCUGCAGGGAGUGCCCAUAAUAUUCUGAAGAGAGAAAUGUGAUGGGAAUUAGUAAAAAAAAAAAUGACAGUAGCAGUAAAUUUAGAACCAUUACUAAUGUGGUGCUGGGACACAGGGAACGCCGUGCCUGGGUAGUAGCUGGGGAUGGCACUGCUGAGGCAAGGUUGUCCUCUGGUGUUUUUGAUGUGCUGACGUGCUCCAAAAAUGAUGGCUCCCACUUUCCUGCUUUCAUCUGACAGCAGCCACUGUCCCCCUGCUCAGCAGCCUGAGGGGGGCUCCCCAUGGCCCCAGGAGCUGCACAGGAGGAACAGGCAGGGAGGAGGCUGUGACCACCCUUCCUGAUGCACCCAAAGCACCGGUCAGCCACUCGCCAUGGUCACCCCCCACAUGCUGUGUCACCCACCAUCCUGUGUGUCCUCCCCUUCACAGACGCAGGGCACUCUAGGGCAAGGCAGACAGACGUCUUGUGCAAACCCCGAGAAAGAGAGAGAGAGAGGGAGAUGGAGGGGGGCUCUGACAGUCCAAUGUGCCACCCGGUGCCCUUGCCAGGGAUGGGUCAGGCAGACCCCAGCUGGGCAGAGCCAAAUUUUUCCAAAGCGGGGCUGAAAAGGAGAGUUUGCAGAAGAACUGGCUUGCCUGGAGACAUAAACCAGAGUAUGGGUCAUAAAUUCAAAUCCACCUUCCCUCUGCUGCCCGUGUGAAGCCCCCGCACUGGUGGGGCAAAGCUGAGGGUCCCCCUGGGCUCUGCAGCUGAAGCCUCCCAAUCUCCCUGUCUCUCUCGUGGUUCCUUCUAAGUUCAGUGGCACAAUGCAGCUACACUAUUUGAAAAGCCAUAAUAUUUGUUGGUACGACUCUUUUAUUACCUUCAAUUUAUAUAUAUUUGUUGAUAAAUGAGGUCAUCUUGGGAGACACUUGUAGUCUACUGGGAAAUAAGUAUCCGAUGCUGUAUAUUCUGUACAUGCUGUAUAAAAAAGGUGAAAUAUUUAAAUCUAUAUGUUCAGUGGACUCGGUGGCACAUGCUGAGAGAGGAGGUUUGGAACAGGCGAGCCCCCACCUUGGCCCGCCACGGCUCAGGCUCAGGGGUGCCCGGCAGAGUCACCACCCUGCUGGAGUCCUGGCCAAGGCUCGGGGCAGGACCUGGCUACGGUGCAAGGGCAGAGCCAGUGGCUCCCUGGGUGCUUUUCCCCUCACAAAGGUGAAAGCAGGCAACUUUGUGGGCAAAAGUGGACACACUUGUUCUUCCCAGGGGCAAAGCCCAGGACCAGGUUCAGCUUUGUUUGUCAGAAACUCUCAGCACGGCGAGCCCAGUGUUGCCCACCCACUGCCCUCCUCUCCUGCCCAGGGUGGAAACCCUCCAGCUGCCACCCAGCAUGACAUCUCUAAGCCUUACGGUCAGAGAGAGACAAUUCCCCGUGGAGUGAUGUCCGACGGCGGCAGAGACCAGCUCUGAGCAUCCAGCUCCUCCGACUUGUUUCCACACUAAUCCUGUGCAACACCACCAGCCGCCCUCCCUGGCGGGUUUUACAACAGUGAAGAGCUGUGAUCUUCUAACCUGAUACAUGCUGUUAGAAAUACCUGUUUCAUAUUUUCUGUGGUAUCAAUCUACAACUUUUGAAACCGUUGGAAACAGUUGUGGUAGCCUAAAAGUUGUGCUGAGCUCAUAUAUUUUUAUAUUUGUGGUGUUUUCCUAUUAAUAGAGAGUGGUGAACCAGUAACCCUAUAGCUGAAAGUGAACUAUUCAAAAUAAAUAUACAACUGCAGAAAAUAUUUGUAAAAAUAAUUUAUUUGAAAUAUUCUGCCAAAGAUAGCUCUCUAAUGAUCUGUAAAAUGUCGUUUCUCUAUUUUUGCUCUGAAUGUCAUUGUGAAAGCACCUUUCUCCCCACUAUCUUUUGAAGAUUUGCUUUUUUGUAUCUUUAAGGGCAAAGAAAUAUGCCAAUUAUUUUUUUCAAUUGGAGUAGUACAUAGAGUAGUAGAGAGGCAUGAGACAACUUUAUAAUGGUGAUGAACAGGAUCCAGUAAAAACCACUCUGAAAAUCUGUUUUCUCCUGUGGUGUGUCCCGCAGACAGGUGGGUUUUGAAGCCCAGGACAGUUCUCUAAGCAGUAAGGUCUCAGCUGCGGCUGUGGUUGCUGCUGUGUGGCUCACCUGCAGGAGAGAAAUCUCUCAGCCACCUAUUUGCAGGCUCGGGGCAUUUGAACCUCCUCACACGUAACUUCUGCCUCUUCGUUAUUGAUAAGCAUGAUACCUUUAUGAGUCCUUAAUAGGCCCUGUGGCGUGUGGGUGACCCUCACUCAGGGCUUUGCGGGCUCCAGCCUGAUGAAGUCUGGCCCCUUCCAAAGCCAUUCCCCAGCAGCCCUGACCUGGCAGCAAAACAGAUCCUGCUGACACCUGGAUCUGUUCCCUUCCCUGCAUGGGGACAGGGGCAGGACAGACCCAGGCACCGCGGGACGUGAUACCUCAGCAAGAGGAUCAGUUUCUGCAGGUACACAGUUAAACAGGGGGACGUACAGCCCCUUACCAGGGAGAGGCUGCCCAGAUUAGUCUGUUCAGAAAUUGCAAAUCUUCAUUUUUAAUAGGGAAAAAAUCUUAUUUCCCUUCUUUUUAUUUUUUCCUCUUGAAAGAACUCUUCAAUUAUAGGAAAAGCCUCCAUUGUCUUCUGUGAUUCCCAAGUCUGUUGCAGUGGAAAUACAUCCUCAGGCAUGUCUGUUAAGCUCUGUCGUAUCAGAGAGAUAUUUGGCUCAGGUUUGUUUUUUGUUUUUUUUUUCUUUCUGCGCAGGUUCACACUUUCUUAAAUUUAUUGGUCAUAAAGAUCCAGAAGAAUUAAUUGCUAAUAAAGAAAUGAGGGCCCUGUUACAGUGAACAGGUUUCCAUGUGCAGUUCAACUUUUGACUCCCCAAAGGUCAGGCACGUGUGUAAAGCGCUUUAUUGGACAGAAAUGGGGAAGUGAAAUGCAGCUUACACACCACGGGGAGCGUACGGGUGUGAGGGGAGCACUGCCAUCCAUCAGGUACUGGUGUCACGACGAAGCAGGUGGCACAGGCUGCAGCCACGGGAACCCUGUGCUGGGGAAUUUGUGUUCCUCUGUGCAAGGAGCUCUCUGAAUCCAGGGUUACGCAGCUGCUGCGUCACAGGGAAACACGAGUGAGCCAGGGAAGACAAUUGUGAGAAGAGUUUUGUUUCUGAUCACUGUGCAUUUUGUUAAUUAGUGAAUUAAAAUAGUUUUAUUUUUACCAAAACCAGAUAAUCUUUAUUCCAGUAAAGACAACUGUUGACUUGAUGUAUAUAUAUAUAUUAUUUGAAUGGUUUAUAUCCUUUUGCUCUAACUACAUAAAAUGGAAACAUGUUGCAAGUUCUGUCAUUCCAAUGUACAAAAUAAAUUACUUUUCCCUGCAUGCUGCCUGGGUAUGUUGUGAUUUGAAUUAAGAGUUAUAUUUGAAUUGCCUUAUUCAAGAGGUUGUAUGUUACCUAACUGGGGAAUGACCUGGCACUGUUCAUCGCAUUACAUGUGUACUUGAUGCUGUGUUAUGUCAAAUUCAGAUGAGUUGUCUGUCAUCUAUGUAUUCUGUGGGAGACCUUUUAUCUUGUUAAGCCGUGAUAUGUAAACUUCUCAUUGCCUGAAAUAGUCAGACUUGUAUAAAUCAGUGUCUUCAGCUGUUUUCCUGAUUUUAUCACAUUUCCCAACACAAAAUAUAGAUGUUUGUAAAUUCUUCA